ACUUAUAUUAUGAAACGGACGGAGUAUAAAAUUUACGCGGAGCACGGGCCGUGCACGUACUCCACGCCAGCCACCGCGUGGACCGUAGGUAGGCAGGCGCGAAAAGGUUGGCUUUGUCCCGCAGCCUCAGGAAUUCGCGGCCGGCGAGCCAGACAACGGACCGCCGACCCGACACCCCGCCGUGCCGGCGCCCGCCUGCUGUUUGCUGGCCGCCAGUCUCCCACGCCACGGCACCAACUGCAUCUGCAUAUACAGUCGCACAGCAGUGCGAGCAUCAUCGUCCUCCACCCCCAUAUGGGAUGGGAUAGCCGUAUCCCUCUUCCUCCUCCUCACCUUUCCGGAUUAAUUGCCCCCACACCGCCCACCGCAUGCACACGCACGCACUCGCCAUAAUUUAGUUUACUACGAUCGCCGUGCUCGCCCAAGCAAGCAAGGCGCGGCCCGCUACUUGUAGCGGCCAUGGCUGCACCCGCGCUGGCCAAGCGCCUCUGCAGCCCUCCCUCCCCUUCUUGCCGGGAAACCAAGCGGCUCCGCCCGGCCGCGCCGGCGCCCAUGGGUAACAAGAACGACGCUGCCGCUGCCGCUGCCGAGGCGACGACGACGGCGCAGUUGCAGUCGCAGCCGCUGCUCCCGGGGCUGCCGGACCACCUCGCGCAGCUCUGCCUCUCGACGCUCCCGCCGCGCCUGGUGCACGCCGUCUGCCGCCCGUGGCGCCGGCUCCUGUACGCGCCGUCGUUCCCGCCCUUCUUGUCCCUCUACGCGCUCCUCCAAGACGCCGGCGACGGCGGCGCGUCCUUCGCGGCCUACGACCCGAUCGCCGCGCGGUGGGACUGCCUGCCGGCGCCGCCGAUGCCGUCGCCGCCCCCGACGCUCUGCCACCCGUCGUUCCUCUCCCGCCGGCUGCCGCUCCAGACCGUGGCCGCCGCGGGCCAGCUCGUCCUCGUCGCGGGGUCCACGCAGUCGCUCCACCCGGCACUGUGCCGCCCGCUGGUGUUCGACCCGGCCGCCGCGCCCGCGCCGCGGUGGAAGGUCGGCCCGCGGGUCCCGCUCGCCCCGCGCAGGUGGUGCGCGGCUGGCGCGGCGCGGGGGCGCGUGUUCGUCGCGGGCGGCGUGGGCGCCGGCUACGACCUCGCCGUCGCGCGCUCGGGCGCGACGUGGGACCCCGCCACGCCGUCUGCGCCGUGGGAGCCGCUGCCGCCGCUGAGGGACGGGCGGUUCAGCCGGGAUGCGGCGGAGGCCGUCUGCUCGGGCGGGAAGGUCUGCAUGGUCAACCUCCGCGGCAGCGGCGCCAAGGAAGGCGCGGUGUUCGACCUCGUGGCCGGUAGGUGGGAGGACAUGCCGCCCGGCAUGCUCGCCGGGUGGAAGGGCCCCGCCGCGGCGUCACCGGACAGCGGCGACACGAUCUUCGUCGUGGACGAGGAGCGAGGCGCGCUCAACGCCUACGACUGGGGAUCCGACCGGUGGAGCACGGUCGCGGAGGCGGGGCGGCUCAAGGGCGCGGCGGAGAUGGCGGCCGGCGGCGGCAGGGUGUGCGUCGUGUCCCACGGCGGCGCGAAGGUGGUGGUCGUGGACGUGACGCCCAAGGCGAGGAGGUGGGGCUCCACGACGCAGCCGCCGCCGCACAUGUGGGAGGUGGAGGCGCCGGCCGGGCAGCGGGUGGUGUCGCUGCAUGUGCUGCCCAGGAUGACGCGCCCCGAGUAGGCUCCCACUCAUCCUCCCUUCCCGGUUCCCGCCACUGUUCAAAGUACAAACUAGAGAAAGAAAAUCCUUCCAUUUGCCUAUUCAUGGUUCGUCCCGCGAGAAUCGAUUUGGUUCCUUGGUGCCUCCGCUCAACGGCAACGAGCUGGAUUUCGAGAUUUUGAUUUUGGAGGGGUAACUAGACUUGCAGUUUCUGAUCCUCUCUGUCCAGAUAACAAAAGCAGGAUCCGAGAUUUUUUGUUCUUUAUCUUACAGAAGAUACUCCAGCACUUCGGAAAUGAAUGAAACAGACUGCCAAUUUCCCGUUAAA